AUGGAGCCCAUGCCUCCCCACGAGAGGAAAUCGGAUGAAACUCAAUCAGGGCUAGAUGCAUGGGAUUGGCGCGCCUGCGAGAUUGUGAGAGACAAUGCUCAUAACAGCGAUGCUAAUAUGAGGGAGAGAGUGAGAGAGAGAGGGAGAAAGAGAAGGAAGGGAGGGGGGGGGGCCACAGCGAGGCGCGUGGGGACAAACUCGGGAAGUGCGUAG